AUGGUACGUUCAUUGUUGGCUCAAAAACUUGCCCUCGGAUCUCCUUCAACAAUUCCUAACAAUGUUACUUUCAAUCUUGAUGACUUCCAAACUUCGAUCUUCGUUUGCAUCAUCGUGUUGAUGCUCUUCUACCUCUUCUAUCAAAUUCUUGACAGAUUUCUCAACUGCCUCCCAAAUGAAAGGUAUGACCGAGAUAUCGAAUUACAAGACAUAGCUAAUCACCGGUCUGUAGCCAAUUCUCAUUGGUUUCGUGAAGUUACCGUGCACAACAGUCUAUGGUUGUUGGAAACAUUGAAUGGAUUCAUGACAUUGUUGGCAGAGAGACAAGGGCUAAGCCCGGAGGACUUGGAGAAAAGUCUGCCCCUUGUACAUUACAAAAGCCUAGGAAAAACAUUAGAUGAAUGUGUCAUUUGCUUGGAGGACUUUGAAGAUGAUGAACUGUGCCGAGUUUUUCCGGUGUGCAAACAUGUUUUCCAUUUCGAUUGCAUAGAUAACUGGUUGAGAAAUCACACAACUUGCCCGGGUCAUCAAAGUCCUAGUCAUGCAAAAAUCAGAUCUUAAAGAACCAUGGUUACUCUAAGCAUUGCGAUCCAUUCUUUAGAUUACCCUCUUAUUGUUUCUUUGAUUACUGCCAUUGGCAUUGUCUUCCUCUUGUUAUCCUGCCUGAUUGGCGUCUGCAUCAUCGCAACAUCGUUCAUCAUCCUCAUCAUCUACAUUAUUUGUGAAUGCCUUAGCUGGCCUAUAUUCGAGAAGUUCAUUUCUGAUCUGCUGAGAAGAGCAAUUCAUCGAGUUCGGAUAGUGACUUACCAAGCAAUAAUCCCAAACUAUUUGCAACAAUCGGAGAUGACAGAAGGGUUUCCACAGAGUAUAGACGACAGGGUCAUGUUAAGGCAGCAGGCCUUACCGCCAAUGAUUUAUGGGUUUGGUUCAUAUCCAUUGAAAUCCAAAGACUGCGCCAUAUGCUUGGAUGAUUAUGUGGUUGGUGAAGUGUGUCGAGUUCUUCCAGCGUGCAAACACAUGUUUCAUUUGAGUUGCAUUGAUCACUGGCUCGAAAAUCAUCUAACAUGCCCGGUUUGUAGACAAUGUAUUUAA